AGCAGUCUCUUUUAUUACUGAUUUAUCACUGACAUCUUCUAGGCCACAUAUCCCUUAUUUCCGUCUCUUGCAGUUUUAGCUUGGUCACAAAGUCACUUUCACUUCUACAAGGAAACAUUUACUUUCAGUUUACAGAGAAGACAGCGACCGUACAGGUUUCUCUAUUGACGCUGAUUCAGAUCUUUUCCUGGCAUCGGAUAUCCUAAAAUAUUUUUCCGUACAGGAAGUUACUAAGCACUCCUUCUUAUUUUAUAAGGUUAAUUCUCAGAUUUCAGUGGCUUAUCCAAAUUUACUUAAAGACCAGGGAGCAAGUGACACUGAAGUCUUUGGUUUCAUGUCCUCUGCAAUCAGCUAUGGACCUAUCAAAAACAAGCAACUAUCCCAUUUCUGUCGGCUAUAAGGUCAGACCAAUGAAAAAGCUUUCUACAAAGUUAACAGUACUGCCACAGUUUCCGCAGCGACUAUUUGAUCAUCGCCGAUCACAUUGCUCAUUCAUCGAAGAAGUCAUAUGUAAAGUUCCUGGAAGUCUCAGAAUUCAUCCAUCCCUGUGGAGUAAAGAGGAUAUCAUCCACUGGCUAAGAUGGGCAGAAGAAGAAUACUCUCUUGAUAAAACAGAUGACGGAAAGUUUAUACUGAAUGGAAGAGCCCUGUGCAUUCUUACAAAAGAAGACUUUAAAUCCCGCUCACCAAGUUCAGGUGAUGUUUUAUAUGAACUGCUACGAUGCAUUAAGACUCACAGACAAGGGCUCACCAGUCAUCCUGACUUCAGCCAGACAAUAAGAAAGUAUAACCAUCUUCAUACUAAGACUUGUAUAGAAACACCAAAAUGCCCUACAAAGACAAAAGAAACAGGUGUCGCAGACAGUAUCCUCCAAGAUGCGCCUCUCAAUCUUUCCCAGCGAAUGCCCAGAACUCAGGGGGAGCAAGAAUCUCCAAUAAAAGGGGGCUGCGUAGAUGGAAAAAUAAAAGAUUGCAGACUGCUGUGGGAUUAUUUGUACCAGCUACUUGAUGACAAGCGCUAUGAACCCUACAUUAAAUGGCAAGACAGAGAAUCAAAAGUGUUUCGAGUGGUGGAUCCAAACAAACUUGCUGCCCUGUGGGGAAAUCACAAGAAUCGUCCAAACAUGACCUAUGAGAAGAUGUCGAGAGCUAUGAGACAGUAUUACAAAAUCAAUCUUUUAAAAAAAGAAUUUGGACAGAAACUAACUUUUAGGUUUCUCAGGUCACCUAAGGAGAGAUUACCAUCGGAAAAGCUACAGCAGUUGGAAGCUAAUGAUGUAUUGGAUUCUAGUGAAGUAUUAGAUUUAAAUGAAGAUGGGUUUGCAGUUUCACCAUGAGAUUUUGCAUUACAUGGGUGUGGUUGUAAUUGUGUAAAUUAUGUUGACUAUUAUGUUUAAUAUGUAACACAUGACUGUAUAGGCUGUAUACAAAUGGGCAAGGCUAUUUGCUCCUUAGAGACCUAUAGUUUUCUAGGCUUUCAGACAUAUCCAGUUGUAUAAAAAAUGUGGUUCUAAGAAGAGGGACAGUGGGAAUUAGUAUGCCAAAUAAUUUAUUUUAUAUUGUAAUGCUUGUCAAACUCUUAGGAAACUUUCAAAUGUAUGUAAACA